GUGGCUCUUGCUCUUGUCUCUUACUCGCUUAGUCUUAAGCCUGUAUUAUCUAUGGUCGUCCGUCGCGAUGUCUGAUUGAAACAUUAAAGUAAAUCUGAAGAUGUUUAAUUUUGGUUUUGUUUUUUUUUAAAUUAGUGUCGCAAUUUUUAAAAAAUUGUAUUAAUAAAGCGUAAUUCUGGUUGGGGUAAAAAGAAAGAAGCGUGGUUAUGCUCGAAGCAUGCCUUCGACGUCGCGGUCGCGGGGCUCAGGGCGCGGGCCUGACGGCGCGCCACGAAUUCAAGUCUUAGCGCCCAUGUCGGAGCGGCAGCAGUUGGCUCUGGUGAUGCAAAUUUCAUCCCAGGAUGCCGCUCUAGCUGCUCCGACACCAGAUGAAGAAAGAAAACAAUCCAGGCAACAACGGAAUGAACGAGGAGAAACCCCUUUACAUGUAGCAUCUAUCAAAGGAGACCAUGAACUUGUUAAAAAGCUUCUCGGUCAGGGCCAAGAUCCAGACGUUCCUGAUUUUGCAGGUUGGACAGCACUUCAUGAAGCAUGUAGUUAUGGUUGGCUGGAUGUAGUAACGGUGCUUGUUCACGGUGGUGCUAAUGUCAACGCAAAGGGCUUGGAUGAUGAUACGCCACUUCAUGAUGCCACUACAUCAGGCAAUCUAAAAAUGGUGAAAUUUCUCAUUGAACAGGGAGCUGAUCCAUUUGUUAAGAAUGCAAAAGGCAAAACGCCAUCCGACUAUGCAGCACCACACAUUUUUGAAUAUCUACAAACACUAAAAGAUAACGCGAGAGCUGCACAUACUGGUCGAUCAAGGGAUGACAGCAACAAAAAAGGUUGCAAUGCAAGUUCAAACAGCCACUCUAACAAGCGAAGCAACAUGGAGAGCCUAGCGCAGGGCGAAAAUUUUGAGAGCAAGGAAGCCACCUCUCAAGAAAAAGGCAAUAAUGUUGAAAAUAAAGAUGAUGGAGCACAGCUGAGCAGUGGAGUAGUAUCAUCAACACAAGACGAAGUUGGUUCUGGCUUGAAGAGGUCAUAUGUGGAAGAAGGGCAAGAGGCAGAAGCAACAGAAGAUGAGAUAUCGAAACGGAAAAAACGAAAAGAUAAUGAAGAGAAGGAACCAAUGGCGAAACCUGCUCCUGUGGCAAGAGGUGGCACUGGACGAAUACUAACUGGUAGCAAACCACCGGGACCGGCGAGCAAAACUGGAGCGGCGCCAUUAGGUAAAGGCGGCGCGGCGCAGAGCAAAGGCGCCGGUGGUUCUUCGGGGAAGGGUGCGCAAGUACAGGGCAAGGGAGGCGGCUCAACGAAAGCUAAUGCUCAAAGUACACAUCAGGGUAAAUCAGCAGCAAAAGGUGCAUCAAGUUCACAGGCCAGCAAACAAGAUAGAAAAAGCCCGGUAGCAAGUCCAAAGCCAAAUCAGGGUAAAGAUAACGAUGGUGACAAUGAAGAGACAAAGAGCCAGGAGUCUUCCGCACCUAAAGUUCCACCACUCAAAAUUGUGAUACCUGGUGGGGCAAGUGGAUCUGGUGGUCGUAACGAGCAAGAGGGAGAAGGUGGCACUGGUCAAAGAGGCAGCGGUAAAGGUAGAGGUGGUGCAUCAACUCUGCCCUAUGUGAUACCAUGCACUAGUACCGAUACAGGCCAGACUUCUGACAGCUCCGACGGUGUUUGUGAAGAGAAAAGAACUGGAGAAAGCAGCAAGGCAGGGCAAAGAGUACUUCGCUCCCACAGAACGAAUGACGGUGAUAAAGAUAAGGGGAGGAGUUCUCCGACAGGGUCGGACAAUCGCUCAGGACACAGUCAGGCUUUGAAUUCCAACAAAAGUCCGACGCCCUCUGGACAUGACGGUGAGCACGCAACGUCUACUUCAUCUGGUUCGGGUGGGAGAUCUGAAUCAGCUCCAGGACCUUCUGUGGAGUUGCAUCCGAGGAAACGUAAGAUCAAGUCUUCCAAGGACAGCCACUCGCGGGAGUCGAAGAACGAACAAGUCCCCGACAGCACCACACUCACUCACAACAUCACCCAUUCCAACCCAUACCAGAUGUACAUACACAUACGUAAACAGAUUGAGCGGCGUCAGAAAGGCUUGUUCCCAGUAAAACCAAAACCACCAAAAGAUUUCAACAAAUAUCUUAUGAAUCGCUGCACAUACACCCUACAGAACAACGUAAAUCCUGAGCCACAAGUCGAAAUACCGAUCAAUUUGCCAUCACAAAUGAUAAACGAAUUUUUGGCUCAGGAAAAAGAAAGGACACGUUUGCGUAUUCAGCAUCUAGUUGAAAAAGAAAAACUUGUUCUUGCUGUCGAACAAGAGAUACUCAGAGUUCAUGGGCGCGCCGAACGCGCUGUGGCUAACCAGGCUCUUCCUUUUUCGGUGUGUACAAUAUUGCGCGACAAGGAAGUUUAUAACAUUUUGGCACCGGAUCAAGAAGAGAAACGUAACGCACAGCGCUCUCGUUGCAACGGACGGCAGAUCAACUCGUGGUUGCAGGAGGUCGAUGAUAAGUGGGAGAAGAUCAAGGAAGGAAUGCUUCGACGUCAGCAUACUGAAGCAGAAACAUUGCACGCGGUACAAAUGAUGGGAUGGGAAUGGAAAUUAAAGGAACACGGCCUGUGUGAUUACAAAACAACGCCUAAAAUCGAACCCACGCAUGUGCCACAAAUUCAUGUGUCAAAUUUUGACUUGCCCGCUUGAAUUUUAAGUUCAUAUUGCCUGUGUUUAUGUAAAGCUAGCACAAUUAUUGUGCCGGCAUAACUCUAAGUUUUGUCAUUGUAACGAUCUCUUAACACUUUUAUAACAUCGAUUGGUAAUACGACUCAAGCGGAGCUACGAAAUUGGAUUAUAACGUAUCUAAAUUUUUCGACUGUCGUCGCCCCUUUCUAGAUUUUUCUGAUUCUCCUGCGCACCGCUUUCCGGUAUAAGUUGACUCUGGACAUAAAUAAAAAAAUACCAUCUACUCAAAACAAGCAGAAUCAACCACUAUCGGAAUUCGGAUAUGAUUUACUUUUAAUUUCUCAUUAUGAAUCUGACGAACGAUCAGAUAAUGUUUUGGCACAAUAGCCUUCUAAUAUAAUAAUAAAUCUUUUAAUGUAAUAACCACAUUUAUAAUUGAUUUUAAUUAGAUUAGGUUAAAAUAUACAAUUUAAUUAAAACUUUGAUUUCAAAUGUGUAUAUAAAGUUUUACGCUUUUAUUUUUAAUAAUUUAGAUUUAUGACUAAUGAUAAUUGUUUUAUGAAAAACUUCGAAUUAUGGAUUAUACAAAAUGGUAGUUUUUAUUUAAUUAUAAUUUUUAAUGGAUGUAUUUAAAUGACUGU